AUGGCUUCCCUUGCAGCCUCCACUGCUGCUGCUUCCCUUGGCAUGUCAGAAAUGCUUGGAAACCCCAUCAACCUCAGUGGUGCCACAAGGCCUGCUCCAUCUGCCUCUAGCCCUGCCUCCUUCAAGACUGUGGCUCUUUUCUCCAAAAAGAAGGCAGCACCGCCUGCUCCAAAAAAAGCUGCUGCUGUCUCUCCUGCCAAUGAUGAGCUUGCCAAGUGGUAUGGUCCUGAUAGAAGGAUCUUCUUGCCAGAGGGUCUUUUGGACCGAUCUGAGAUCCCAGAGUACUUGACUGGAGAAGUCCCCGGAGACUAUGGUUAUGACCCAUUUGGUCUUAGCAAGAAGCCAGAGGACUUUGCCAAAUAUCAGGCAUUUGAGUUGAUUCACGCUAGAUGGGCAAUGCUUGGUGCUGCUGGAUUCAUCAUUCCUGAGGCCUUCAACAAAUAUGGAGCAAACUGUGGUCCUGAGGCUGUUUGGUUCAAGACAGGAGCUCUGCUUCUUGAUGGGGGUACGUUGAACUACUUUGGGAAACCUAUUCCCAUCAAUCUCAUUGUGGCUGUCAUUGCUGAGAUAGUUCUUGUGGGAGGUGCAGAGUACUACAGAAUUAUUAAUGGCCUGAAUUUUGAAGACAAACUUCAUCCAGGUGGUCCAUUUGAUCCAUUGGGGCUUGCAAACGAUCCAGAUCAGGCUGCUCUGCUAAAGGUGAAGGAAAUUAAGAAUGGUAGACUUGCUAUGUUUGCCAUGCUUGGUUUCUACUUCCAAGCCUAUGUCACUGGAGAAGGUCCUGUUGAGAACCUUGCAAAGCAUCUCAGUGACCCUUUUGGCAACAACUUGCUCACAGUCAUUGCUGGCUCUGCUGAGAGAACUCCAACGCUCUAA